AUGGCCGAGCUGGCGGAGAAGGGCAGCGGCAGCCUAGGGACGACGGGCGGGUUGCAGCAGCAGGAUGGGGGGGCGGCGGAUGGCGGGGGGCCGGAGGAGGAGGAGGCGGCGGCGGCCGGGGCCGCCAACCCCCCUAACUACGAGGACUACGAGUGCAAGAUCUGCUACAAUUACUUCGACCUGGAGCGGCGCGCGCCCAAGCUGCUGGAGUGCCUGCACACCUUCUGCCAGGAGUGCCUGAGCCAGCUGCACCUGCGGGCCGCCCAGCGCCCCCCGCCCGCGCCGCCCGGCCCGCCCGGCGCCGCGCCAUGGCGAGCCGGGGCCAGCGGCACCAUCUGCUGCCCGGUAUGCCGCCACCGCACCGCCCUGCCCGACCAGCGCGUGCACAGCCUGCCCGUCAACACCAAGCUGGCCGAGGCCUUCCCCCUGCAGCUGCGGGCCCGCGACCCGCUGCCCCAGGACAGCCUGCCGCCCGCGCCGCGCCCCGCCGCCGGCCCCCAGCCGCGCGCCGCGCCCCACGAGGCGGGCCCAGCCCCGCGGCCGCAGCGCCCCGGCCCGCGCUCCUCGGGCGGGGGCUACGAGAGCUGCCAGAGCUGCAAGCGGGCGGCGCUGAGCGCGGGCUGCGUGUGCGUGGUGUUCUCCUUCCUCUCCAUGGUGGUGCUGCUCUUUACCGGCCUCAUCUUCGUCAACCAGUACGGGGGGGAGCCGGGGUCCGGCGGCCCGGCCUCGCCCUCCCCCGUGGGGCCCAUCUGCCUCUCGGUCGCCAGCAUCCUCGCCCUCUUCUCCGUCGUGGUCACCUGGCUCAUCUGCUGGCUCAAGUACCGACCCGAGGCGGGGGCCGGGGCGGCCCCCGGGAGCGGGACCCCCAGGGGGCGGGCUGCUGCUGCUGGCGGCAGGAGGAGCCACACGUAG